GUGUGGGGCGCCCUCUCGACGUCUCCCGACGCGAGGGCUGCGUUGAGGUGCGGGGCUCCGGAAGGACGGAGCGCGGCCGCCGAGGACCGGUCGCGGUGUGGAGCCGGGCUCCGCGCGUGGGUCGGGUCCCCGGUCUCAGGCCCCGCACACAUCUGUCCGUGCGACCGUGGGGAGGUCACUCAGUGUACAGUCACUUUUAGUUGUUCUCUGUAAGGUUAUAAAGAUGAGAAAAGAAGUGAAGCGAAUCCGAGUUCUGGUCAUCCGAAAACUUGUCAGGAGUGUUGGCAGACUGAAGUCCAAAAAGGGCACUGAGGAUGCACUGUUGAAAAACCAAAGGCGGGCCCAAAGGAUGCUUGAAGAGAUCCGUGCCAUGAAGGAAUUGAAACCUGAUGUCAUAACGAAAUCUGCACUUAAUGAUGAUAUCAACUUUGAAAAAACUUGCAAAAAGCCAGAUUCUACUGCGACGGAAAGAGCAAUUGCGAGAUUAGCAGUUCACCCUCUUCUGAAGAAAAAAAUUGAUGUGCUAAAAGCUGCUGUCCAGGCCUUCAAAGAUGCAAGACAGAGUGCUCCCGAGGCCAGGUCAUCUAAGAGCACGUCAGAAGAAAGCCGGUGUAAGGACAUUGCAAGGUCAAAGGGUGAUGCAAGUGAGUCACAGCAUCCUGAGAGAACUGCUGUCAGAGAGCAGACAGGAAAGGACACCAACACAGCAGCAAAGAAGGCAGGAAGUGGUUCAAAAGAAAAAUUGGCCAAGACAGAGCAGGGACCCAGAGCAGUGGCCACUCCACGGUCUCCGCAGAAGCCUUCAGGAAAGGGCGCCGGGGUUAACUCUGAACACCAGGGGGCCCCAGCCCCCGGGGACAAUGACCAGGGGAAAGCCUCAACCAGAACCCCAGAGGACUGUGUCCCUGAGCCUGCUGAUAACAGUGCCAGUGAAGAAGAGGAGAGCGAGGAGGAAAAGGAGUAUUUUGAUGACAGCACUGAGGAACGGUUCUACAAGCAGUCUUCUGCAUCCGAGGACAGCGACAGCGGUGACGACUUCUUUAUUGGAAAAGUCCGACGGACACGAAAGAAGGAAUGUGUCCAUUCCUCAGCCAAGGGACAGAAACCCCUCCCAAAAGUGUCAUCUAAAACAACUACACUUGAAACCCACUGGGAUGUCAGAAAUGAUAAACACAAGCUGAUUCCAGAAGCCAGGAAGUUAGAAUCCGUGUUUUUCCACUCUUUGUCUGGACCUAAAAGCUCCAGAAGGGAUCCCAGAGAACAGGCUCCAAAGAAUAAAGCCCCAGAUUUUCCAGAAAAUGAACCUCCAGUGAAGAAUCAGUUUACAAAGAGUGCACACAGAGGCUUUGAGAAUGUGAAGCAGCCGGUGCACGCACCUCUGCAUCCUUCCUGGGAAGCAAGCAGAAGGCGGAAGGAACAGCAGUCCAAAAUUGCUGUGUUUCAGGGGAAAAAAAUUACGUUUGAUGACUGAUUUGAUGCUUGUUUCCUCUUUCCAAGCUUUCAAAUUUUUUGGUUUUGUUUUUAACUAGCCUGUUAUUUAAAAUUGUAUUUUAAAUAAGUCUCUUUGAAAGAGUUACAAAAUAUAUUGCUUGUUUUUCUUUUUUAUGAGUGUUUGGGGAAUAUUUACAUAAUCUUUUUACAGAUCUCUAAAUUUGUUUCAUAAGAAUACUUGAACCAAUUUAUUUCUUACAUAAAGUAAUUUCAAUAUUACGGAGUUUUAGGUUUUCUCAUUCAUGAUUACAAAAUAUAUUUCACUAGUUAAGCUUUGCCUUUUGCCUUGAAAAUGAAGCAAACCGAGCUUAGGAGAUGGCUCACUUCCUGAUGACCUGAGUUUGACCUCUGCAAUUCCCUUGGUAUGAGGACAGAACUCACAAAAGUUGUUCUCUGGUUGCACAUGCAAUGUGGCAUGUGCCUAUGUACACAUGCAUAUGUUCAUACAUACAAUAAGUGCCAUGUACAAAAUGUUAGGACAUUUAAAAUAAUAGUGGGAAAAUAAAGAAAUUAGGACUAAAAAAUUCUCAUAACAAAACAGAAAUAGCAGUUUUCAUUGUGGAUAUUGAAAUAGUAUAUAAAUAAAUAUUAACUUGUCACAGUUG